UGGUGUCGCUACUUUCUCAGGCCGACAUUACGACAUCUCAAAUCUUUUUAUUUGAUUCAAUCGAACGUGCAUGCUAAUCGAGUGCAACAACUGAAAAAAUGAAGAUGGCGGACGGAUGUGUAUUCUUUAGAAGAAAUAGACCUGGAACUACAGCAAAGAAUUUCUGUAGGUGGCCUGAUGAACCGUUUGAAGAAAUGGACAGCACGCUGGCCGUGCAACAAUAUAUUCAGCAAAUGAUUAGAAGAGAUCCAUCUAAUGUUGAUUUAAUAUUAAAAAUGCCAGAAGCGCAAGAUGAAGCAGUAUGGAAGUAUGAACAUUUAAGACAAUUUUGUAUGGAACUGAAUGGUUUAACAGUAAGACUACAGGCUGAAUGUCAUCCAGAAACUUGUACUCAAAUGACAGCUACUGAACAAUGGAUAUUUCUAUGUGCUGCACAUAAGACACCUAAAGAAUGUCCAGCUAUUGAUUAUACACGACAUACACUUGAUGGUGCAGCUUGUUUGCUUAAUAGUAACAAAUACUUUCCUAGCAGAGUUAGUAUUAAAGAAUCUUCAGUAGCCAAACUUGGAUCUGUUAGUAGAAGAGUUUAUAGAAUUUUCUCUCAUGCAUAUUAUCAUCAUAGAACAAUAUUUGAUGAAUUUGAAAAUGAGACUUUUUUAUGUCGCAGAUUUACAGCAUUUGUAACAAAAUAUAAUUUAAUGUCAAAGGAAAGUUUAAUAGUACCAAUUAUGGAAGAAGAAGGAACAACAGAAAGUGAAGCAUAAUAGAACUUGAAUAUUCAUAUUUACCUGAAAUUCGUUAAAUGUAAUAUGAAAUCAUAAGUAAUGAUAUAUUAUUGAAAUAUCUCUUGUAGUUCCAAGUGUUACAAAAGUAACAAGAGUGUUACAAGAGAUUGACAAUUUUUGGUAAUUUGUGUAGAAAUUUAUUACUAGAAUUUCUUGUUAUUAAUUGAAUUAAGAUAAAAAUUUUUUGAU